AUGGAGACCAGGAAGCGACUGGCCAAAAUCGUGUUGGUUUUCGUGGGCCUCUUCGCCCUCUGCUGGUUCCCCAACCAUGUGCUAUACCUCUACCGCUCCUUCAACUACAACCAGAUCGACUCAUCGCUGCCCCAUCUGAUCAUCACCCUGCUGGCCCGCGUGCUCAGCUUCUCUGGCUCCUGCGUCAACCCGUUCGCCCUCUACCUGUUGAGCGAGAGCUUCCGCAGGCACUUCAACAGCCACCUAUGCUGCCGGAGAAGGCCCCGGCACGAGCGCAGCACCAGCUACCUGCAGAGCACCUCGGCUAUACGGAUGACCUCCAUCAAGAAAAACACCACAUCCACCCUCAACGGACCAGGAGUCAAACAAGAGGUCUCCUUGUAA